GGGGAACUGAGCCCGGGCGGGGCCUCCUCGGGGAGCCGGGAGGCAGAGCAGGGAGGGAAGGUAAGAUCCUCGGUGGCAGCAGAAGCAGCAGGAAGGCAGUCCAUUCCUCACUGCCCGAGUGUCAGGGCCGAAGUUGAAGGGUAAGGCUGGUGAUGUGACUGGUGUGGGUCGGUAGAGAUCUUGAGACUGCAGGGACCGAUUUGGCAUUCCCUUGCAGUGAGUAUGCAUGGUCUGAUGGGCUAAUUUUAUUUUUAACAGAUCCUUUUAACUGACAGUUUUCUGGGGAGAGAGUGGUAGUAUUGGAGACUCCGGUGUCAGUGUGCACAAACAUGGUGGCUGGCACUUGCGUUUUGAAGUCCUGGCUGCUCAGAUAGGACAGCAGUGCUCAGCGUAAUGGGUAAAGCUCUGCCCAGGGAAAUAAAACCUGAAGAGGUGCACGAGUGCUGGCGUUUUGGAAUGGGGGGGGGGGGGAGAGACUGCUGGUAUCUUAGGUUAAAAUGUGGGUAAAGCUUAUUGAGAUAAGGGGAGAGAGUAAUGGGACAGAAGAAAGGCACAGAAAGAUGAGUUCGGCUUUGGGCUUCUAUACUUGGAUAUUUUUCAGAAGUUUUGAUUCACAGUUUGUUAUGUCUGUUUAAGUUUGGGCUAAUUUUUAUAGAAGUAAAUGUGAGUAGCUGUUGCUGUGACUUCUAUUCAACUUUUAUUUUAAUCUUAUUUGCCAGAAAUAUUCAAUCAGGCUGCACUGUGUGUCUUGGUGUUUUGCUGUAUAGUAUGUUCCCGCAUGGUAUGUAAUGUUCUCAACUCAUGUAUGAAAUAACAACUGUGACAUGGGAUAGAUGACUUCUGGCUGUGUACUGAAGGAUGUUUGGUGUUUUUUGUUUUUUUUUUUUCCUCCCCUUUUCCCACUGGUUUUGAUACAAUGGAAAGGAGGAGGGGAAGCCAGUUUAACAUUACACUGAUUCUGGUGAUAAAUAGAAAACUUGCUCUUGAACACAGGAUUGGUUUCAUUGCUGGUGAAACACCUGAGUUACUGACUCGUUCAUUGCACUGUACUGAACAUGCCAAAAACUUUGUUAGCCAGUGCAGGAUGAUCAUCUCUUAAAAAAGCAGAACGUGCUGAUGGAGUGGCUGGUUAGCAACACCUCACAGGAGUGUUUUCAGAGUGUGGGAUGUUUGUUCUAUUUGGUUUGUAAGGGAGCAGAACUUUAAAAAGGCGUGAAGGAUAUCUGUACUGCAAGCCAAAAUGUAUGAAAUCUCUGUACAGUUAACGCUUCUUUUUUUCUGAGCUGUUUUGGAGUGUUCCUUGAGGAAGAGAUGUUUAUAAUACCUGGAGAAUGAACCAUUGCAGUCAUCUCUGUCUGAUUUAUGCCCUGAGAGUGGGUUCUAUCUGCCAAACAAGUCUCCAGCAGAGUCUGUAACUGUGAAGGCUUCUGCUGCUAAAUUUCUGUGCUGGUGCACUUUAAUGCAGUUAAAGGCUGGCUGUAGCAAUAAAUAACCCAGUACUGCCAUAGCCGUCAUGAUUUUAGGGGAAAACAAAUAUACUUCUUCUAAGAUUUCAGGACAUGUUCAGCAAAACUACACUGGGUUCAGCGUUUAUGUUACGGGAAAAUGGGUGGCUAAAAUCAGCCUGCACCUACUAUAAUUCAAUUUAAUAUUUUAACAAAGAAUUCAGUUUCACCCGACUUCCCUUGUUGUGACAGAAAAACACAUUGGCACAUUCAGUUUGAUGUAUCUUGUCUGUAUUAGAUAAAACAAUAUCAUCUACAGCAUUGUCAAGAAUAAAGCGAUGCUCAGACGUAUUGAAAUGAUGUUUAGGAUUUAGGUCAGUGUUUAUACUUUUCUGGUGUUUAUGCGCUUGCUUUGCUACCCCGUCAGUUUUCAAACCUGCAGAUAAGCCCUUGAAAUUUGCAAGGUUGUGUGUUAAUAAAGUAAUGUUCUCAGGUCCUUGUAGUGGAGCUUAAUUUCUCUUUUGAUGUAAGCUUUCAGAAAUGAACUGCACUAGUUGUGGGUGCUGGGGAUGAGUGGGCUGGUAGCACUGGCAGUGGGGUUCAGGAAGUGGCUGGUUUACGUUGCUCUUUGUUUCCUGGAACAGUUCAUGUUAAGUGGAGAUAGAGGUUAAAGUGAUUAUAACAAACAUGGAAGUAAAUUAUAAGUACUUUUUAACAUGGCAAAUGAAUGUUUUCCAAUACCUGUGUUCUAAAAAAUGUCUCAAAUACUUUGCGUUACUGAAGCAGUAAUUGUAUUUCCAGGCACAUUUUUCAGGGCAUGUUUUUACUCCAGUCACAUCAAGCGCUGUCCUCAAAACAUCACAGAAAUUAUUCAGCAUUCCCAGAAGACAUUGUCUUGUCAUUUCUUUCACACUUCAGCAAAUGUAUACUGUGUUGUAAUUCUUAUCAAUGCCACUGUUAUGUAUGAAGGUUGUGGGUGGUCACAUUCUUUGUGUGGAUAUUUUUUAGAACAGCACGCCCCAAAGAUUAUGCUAGAUUUUCUUUAGGUUUUUAUUGCAUUUAAGCUUUAUUGCUUUUUCACAUAGUGGGUGACUUUUCUGAAAUUUGGAAAUCAAGAACAUUAGAUAAGCAUUUUGCUAAGUCUGACUAGAAAACCAGUAGUUUUGAACAGUUCCUAUGGCAGUAAACAUGUACUUUGUAUGAGCAUUUUUGUUCACAAGACGUCAAAACAAGACCUUUUUGUUUUGCAACAUGAAUGGAAGUGAUAUUUGUUCAUUAGCACAGUAUCAAAUGUAAUGUGAAAAUGACAAAACCUACUUGGAAUCUGCAAUAUAGGAAGAUGCACUUGAAUGACAACUUGAGUAAGUACUUGUGUAAUGCUGCCAAAUAUUCAUUGAUAGAAGAGAGACAUCAUUUUCCUGGGGCAAAAUGCUUCUUCCAGAACACGGUUAACCAGCGAGCCUGAAAGAGAGACAUCUUGUUUCAACAUCUCUGAUUUCAGAAUCAUGUUUCUAAGCUGAAUCAUUACAUACAGAAGUACAAUAUGACUGGAGGUUUUCCCAGUCUGAAAUUUUCAUCAGUAAUUAGAGCAAAUGGAUGGUUGUGUAAUGAUCUGUUAUUUUUCAUUGUUGUUAGUCCAACUCACUGUUAAGAUUCUUCAUUGCUUUUUGUAAUUUUGGAUAAGCAUGUGAUACAAAUGCAUACAUAUUUUUAUUUAAGAAGAAGAUAACUUCAUUUGUGACUGGAAUUGAAUCCCUUCAUAACACAGAAUAGGCGUGAUAACGUACAGGUACUCAGCUGUGAGAUUUAAUUUCUGGUGCAUGCUUUCCACAUGGUAGUACGCUUAAAAAUAGAUAUUAGUAUUUACAGUUCUGCCAGAUAGAAAAGUCUUAGAAUCUUGGAUCUCCUCCUUUAUGAUCUGGUUUUCUGUGUGCUCUGGGGUGUGCUAAUUUUAUGUCUUGUGGCCUUCCCUUGUAAAUUGCUUUUUGACAUCACAUUUAGUCGCAUCUUCUGUAAGCUUGGCUACAGAUUUCCAGCUGCUGACCAAUAUAACCUCACAUUGCAAAACAUCUUGCAAAGAAUGCAAGAAUGCUGUAUACUUCUGGCAAGUUACUCAUUUUGGAUGGGAAGCUAUCAGAUCUACUUGAAGCCAGGGAGUAAUUUUGUCCACGUUGAUUAAUGACUGGUUAAUUCAAGCACAUGUUCGUAUACUUUUAUAGAUGAGGCUCUCGUUUCAUAGCACUUAACAGUUCUCCUUUCCAAAGGCUAAUCCAUUCAUUAUACCAAUGCUUUUGAUGCUGAAAUGCCCUAAAAUUAUUGGUAUGUUUUCUUUGAUAUUGUACGAAAGUAAGCAGCGAAAGGCCACGUGAAAUUCCCAGCUUCUGCUGAAUGAGAGGACAAGAAUGAUUAGCACUGCAGUACAUAAGAUGUGUGGGGAGAGGUAAAUGUAUGCUAGGGCACAGCAGGUACUGCCAUUGCUUCACAUGGCUCUGGAGAGCAAAAAAAAAAUUGCUUCUGUGUGUAGAGAAGAGACUCAGGUUGGCUUAAUGCAAAGGAUGAUACCACACAAAACACGUGGGGGUACUAAGGUAUUUAUGUUGGAGCUGAUUUAGCUUUUCAUUCUCUGAGAGGCAGACAUUGUUUCUGUAUGUUUGUUGGUAACAGUUUGUAGAAGUAACUAAGCAAACAAAGACUGCUUUGUCUUUUGAGUAAUAAUAAGUAUCUUUACGUAGCAUUUGAAUACUUCCACCUCUGUAGUAUGUUGAGUGCUUGAAGUCCAAACUGAUUUGAGCUGGGAUUUUAGUUUCUGGCCCUGAAAUAAUCAGAUUUUAUUUUUUAUCAAGCUAUUGUAAUUGUAUCACUGUUACUUAUUUAGAUUAGAUUAUUUAUGUAUGUACGAUAACUCCUAGCUAAGGUAUAGCUGAAGAUAACUCCACCGGAUCCCCUAUUUGAAGUUACUAUAAGAUUUUUCCUGCACUUUGUUGCUUUCUUGAGAUUUCUAUCCCUGCUUAUGUUUGACUCCUAGCAUAAAAAAUACACUCUAACUGCUGGACUUUCACUAUGGGCUGUUUUUCACUAAAAAUAGCUGAGUUCGGCAAGUGUUUGCUGUCUGGGCCAAAACCCACCUUAAAAAAUAAACAUCCUUUUAAGUUUCCAGAGCCAGGCAAAAAUUCUGUUUGUUUUGAAGACACUCUAAGCAGGUAUGUGAAAGUAGUUAAAAUAAGCCUAAGCAUUGAUUGUCUUGUCAUGUGCUUGGCUCAGAUGCAUGGGUAAUGAUCAUCCCAUUAAACUUUUAAAACAGCGCUGCAGGAGUAAAAUUGAUCCGAGCUGGUAAUGACUGUAACUAAACGUGUCGGGCUGGAAGACUCUCUCUUAAACAUACCAGUUCACUUGUGAGAUAGGUGACAACAAAGCCUGCUUUAUGAGGCGGAAAAAAAAGGUACAUGAAGUCAGUUAAAAGACUACUUGCCUCGCAACAAAGGACAACUUGAAGCUAAUGUCUGUGCUUCAGUUCUGUUUUUCAGCAGUAUGAUGAAAAUGACAUUGAUUGUAUAGUCAGCCCACUGGCAGCUGUUAUAUAUACUGGAAAUAGAGUUCUUGACAUCUUUUAUCCAAGAACCUAGAGGGGAAAGAGUUUUUACAAUGAGAAGACAUCAUCUGCAAGGUGUUCAAACUUCUGAUUCAGUCAUCAAAUGUUAAUGCAAAAAAAAAAAAAAAAACAAACCUGAUUAAUUAACAUAGUUCUGACAGCUUGAUGGUUGUUUUUUUUUUCUUUUAAUUCUUUGGUGUUUGAUGAGGAGAAAUUUGAGGAAAAUUUCAAGGAAUGGAGUUAGCUCACAGUUUACUACUCAAUGAAGAAGAGUAUAACCAGCUUGGUGAAUAUCAAAAAGCAGAGUUCAUUUUUGAAUGGUUACAGUUUUUGGAAAAGCUUUUACCAGUUACUAGCAGGACUGAUAUAAAAGAAAACCAGAAGAAACUGGUUGAACAAUUGACUUCUUUAUUAAACAAUUCACCGGGACCUCCUACCAGACGGCUUGUUGCCAAGAAUUUAGCUGUACUUUAUAGCACUGGAGACACUUUUUCUGUUUUUCAAACAAUUGAAAAAUGCAAUGAACUCAUUAGGAGUAAAGAUGAUUCACCAAGCUAUCUGCCUACGAAACUUGCUGCGGUGGUAUGCUUGGGCUAUUUAUACAAAAAAUUGGGAAGAAUUUUGGGAAACAGUUUUACUGACACCGUUGGGAAUGUGCUUAAAGCAAUGAAGAAUGCAGAGUCUCAAGGUCGUUAUGAAAUCAUGCUUAGUUUACAAAAUAUGUUAAAGGGUUUAGGAGCUGCUGCUGUCCCUUGUCACAGAGAUAUUUACAAAGCUGCCCGAUCAUGUUUGACGGAUCGAUCUAUGGCAGUCCGCUGUGCUGCUGCAAAGUGUCUUCUUGAACUUCAGAAUGAAGCAGUAUUUAUGUGGAGUACGGAUCUGGAUAGCGUUGUGACUUUGUGUUUUAAAUCCUUUGAAGGUUCUAAUUAUGAUGUACAUUUAGCAGUUUCAAAACUUCUAGGCACAGUACUGGCUAGAGCUUUAACGUCUAAGCAGACAACAGUACCAACCAAGCAUAACUCCCGCAGAAUCUCCUUGGAAGAAGUGAUGGAACUCUUAGGAACUGGAUUUCUGCGCGGAAGCCAUGGAUUCCUACGAGCCAGUGGUGAUAUGCUGAAAGGGACCAGCUCAGUCAGCAGAGAUGUUAGAGUUGGAGUCACACAGGCGUAUGUGGUAUUUGCCUCUAUGUUAGGAGGACAGUGGCUUGAAAGGAACUUCUCUGCCUUCCUUUCCCAUGUACUAGAUCUUGUUUCUCAGUCUCACCCUAAGGCUAUUCAGAAUCAGAUGGAUGCUAUCGGCUGUCGCUGCUGUGUUUCAUUUAUCCUUCGAGCUACAGUAGGAGGCCUUCUUGGGGAAAAAGCUCAAAUUGCAGCUGCCAAGGAGAUUUGUCAGGCCAUCUGGAAACUGAAGAAAGUUGUGGAUGCUUCAGUGAGUGACAGUAACUUGGAGACACGAAUUAGUACAACAGAUGUAACAGCAAGUCAGCAUGUGCUUGUGUGUGCGCUUCAAGAACUUGGAAGUCUCAUCCAUGGCUUAGGAACUACAGCAGCACCAUUACUACAGGACUCCAGUUCAGGAGUUCUGGACACAGUAAUUUCUGUCAUCCUUCAUCCCAGUGUUCCAGUUAGACUAAUGGCAGCUUGGUGUUUACGCUGUAUUGCAAUAGCACUGCCCUCCUACGUGUCUCUACUGUUGAAUCGUUGCAUUGAACGUCUGAAUGCAUUGAAAUCCUCCCCAGAAGCAGUAACUGGCUUCAGUUUUGCUAUUGCUGCUCUACUGGGUGCUGUAAAACACUGUCCUCUGGGAAUUCCACAUGGAAAAGGGAAGGUAAUCAUGACUGUAGCAGAAGAUUUGUUGUGCUCUGCUUCUCAGAACAGUCGCCUUUCAGUGCAGCGAACACAGGCUGGAUGGCUGUUAAUAGCAGCCCUCAUGACAUUAGGUCCUGCAGUUGUCCAAUACCACCUUCCACGAAUACUUUUACUGUGGAAGUGUGUCUUUCCAUCAUCUCCUAAGGACCUAGAAACUGAGAAGACAAGAGGAGAUUCAUUUACAUGGCAAGUAACUCUGGAAGGCCGUGCUGGUGCUCUCUGUGCAAUCAGAAGCUUCGUUUCCCACUGUGCUGGUCUUCUUACAGAUGAAGUUCUUCAGAGACUUCUUCCUCCUCUCCCAAGUGCUGUUGAUUUACUGACACAGCUUUCUUCAAUCUCGAAGUCUUACGGAAAUUCUUUAAAAACAUCAUCAACGGUUUACAGACAUAAACUUUAUGAAUUACUGGCAGUAUUGCCUCCAAAAAUGUGUGAAGGAAGCUUCCAUGCUGUUCUGAAAGAGUUGGUGGUGGACUUAACUAUACCAGAUAGCCAGUUUGAUGCCUCUACAUUCUUGCUUCCACCCCUUUGUCAUGAGGAUGAUCUCCUUUUACUCGGUCCCUUACUGCAGGAGACUGACCACCGAUUUAUUGAAGAGCAGCUCCUUUUAGGUAACAACAUAGCUGGAGGCAGCCUGGAAUACGACCCUUACUCAAUAUAUGAGAAACUUACAAAACGUGAUUCAGUUCCUAAACCACUACCUCCCACAUUGUCUGUGAUCAGUGCAGCAACUGCUCUUUUUGGAGUUAUAUUUUGCCAUAUAGCAGAAACUCAGAGGCUCCAAGUGUUAGAACAGUUGUUGAAUUCUAUAAAGCAAACAAAAGGAUCACGACAGCAAAUAGUGCAAUUAAAUGUUGUGUCAGCCUUUUCUACGUCUUUAAAGCACUUGGCUAACUGCAAGGGAAGUUUAGGUCCAGAAGAAGUUAGAAGAUCUGCCCUGACAUUGGUACUGGGUGCCUUGGAAAGCAAUAAUCCACUUCUAAGGUGUGCUGCUGCAGAGUGUUGGGCCAGGUUGGCUCAGGUGGUUUCUGACAGUGCCUUUACUGCUGGAUUAGCACAAGUUAGUUUUGACAAGCUAAAAUCUGCUAGAGAUGUGGUAUCAAGAACAGGCCAUUCUUUGGCACUGGGAUGUCUGUAUAGAUACCUAGGAGGAAUAGGUUCUACUCAGCACCUGAAUGCAUGUGUUGGAAUCCUUUAUACUUUAUCUCAGGACAGUACUUCUCCUGAUGUACAGGCAUGGGCACUACACUCUCUGUCACUGAUAGUAGAUCUAGCUGGCCCCUUGUACCAUGUGCAUGUGGAACCUACCUUAUCUCUUGUUCUCAUGUUGUUGCUGACUGUGCCUCCUACAUACACUGAAGUUCACCAAAGCCUUGGUCGCUGUUUAAAUGCACUUAUUACCACUCUGGGCCCUGAAUUGCAAGGCAGCAGUGCUACAGUUUCAGCCUUAAGAACUUCGUGUCUCCUGGGCUGUGCAGUGAUGCAAGAUAAUCCUGACUGCCUUGUUCAGGCUCAAGCCAUUGCUUGCCUUCAGCAGCUUCACAUGUUUGCUCCUCGACAUGUUAACUUGUCUAGCCUUGUAAGCUGCCUAUGUGAAAUCUUGUUGGAUAAUUCUGUGUUGGUGAAUCUCUGUAGCUCAUACUUGCUACUGAGACGUGCAGCGGUAGCUUGCUUGCGUCAGCUUGUGCAAAGAGAAGCUGCUGAGGUAUCAGAAUAUGCUGUUGCAUUAGUUAAAGAGAGCAGAGAAGACUUUACUCCAGAUAUUAACAUCAGAGAAAUAGGCCUGGAGGGGGCAUUGCUGGGCUUGCUGGACAAAGAAUUGGAUCAAAGAUUGUGCCGGGAUAUCAAAGAGACUCUGAGUCAUAUGCUUACUUCAAUGGCAGUUGAGAAGCUCUCUUUUUGGCUGAAGCUUUGUAAAGAUGUUCUUUCUGCCUCAGCUGAUUUCAAUACAGUAGCAUCAAUAGAUACAACUCAAGAGGAAGAAACUGCUAAAGUGGAUGAUGCAUCCAUAUUAACAUCUGAAAGUGAUGAGAGGUUCCAUCCUUUCAGUAAUCCACGGUGGUCCACCAGAGUUUUUGCUGCAGAAUGUGUUUGUAAAAUUAUAAACCAGUGUGAAAAUGCAGGGAGUGCCCACUUUGACAUAACUUUGGCUCAGGAAAGGAAACAACGUGAUUCGAGAGAUGACUUUUUAGUAUUGCAUUUAGCCGACUUGAUCCGAAUGGCUUUUAUGGCUGCCACAGAUCACAGUGAUCAACUUCGUCUUUCUGGGCUUCAAACAUUGCAAAUUGUUGUUCGGAAGUUUGCAGCUGUUCCAGAACCAGAGUUUCCAGGUCAUCUAAUUCUGGAGCAAUAUCAAGCCAAUGUUGGAGCAGCACUUAGGCCGGCCUUUGCUCCAGAGACUCCUCCUGAUGUCACAGCUAAAGCUUGUCAGGUGUGCAGUGCCUGGAUAGCAAGUGGUGUAGUAAGUGAUCUCAAUGAUCUUCGAAGGGUUCACCAGUUGCUUGUAUCCUCUUUGGUCAAAGUGCAAGCUGGGAAAGAAGCACAAAGUCAACAAUAUAAUGAAAGCACCUCUACUAUGGAGAUAUUGGCUGUGCUUAAGGCCUGGGCAGAGGUUUACAUAGUUGCAAUUGAAAAGCAAAAAAAUCAAAGUGAUUCACACAAUCACUCCCUGAAAACUGCAAACUCUGCAGAAGAGAGCUACAGAGAUGUAACAUCUUCCGCCAGUAGUCUUCUGGACUUAGUACAGGCAGAUCUUGGAACACUGAGUAAACUCUGGCUUGCUGCACUUCAGGAUUUUGCUCUCCUAAUUUUGCCUUCAGAAUAUGCAUCACAACUACCUGCUGAAGGUGGUGCAUUUUAUACAGCAGAGACGAUAGAAAAUGCCAGACCUCAUUACUACAACUCCUGGGCACUGAUACUUUAUGCUACAUCAUUAUGGCUUACUAGCACAGGUUUCAUUGUUGCGGAUCCAGAUGAAGGAGUUACUAAUCUCUCUAGACCUGUCACCCCGACUACAAUGUGUCAAGAUUCUUCUACCAGGCCCUCAGUAAAAUCUCCUGAGGAUGUGAAUACUGACAGAUUUCAUCUUAUUUUGGGAAUUAGUGUGGAAUUUCUCUGCUCUCCUCGAUCAGAUGCAGCAAUGGAGAACUUUAUUGCCUGCUUACAUGCCCUACAGGCUCUCUUUGAUGUUCCGUGGCCAAGAUCUAAAAUAGGUGGUGAUCAGGAGUUGGCUGUAGAGCUGCUGAAUGUAUUGCAUCGACUGAUACUGACCAGAGAGUCACCUGAUAUUCAGCUCGCUGCCCUUGAAGUUGUUCGUCUGAUUCUUUUUGCAGCUCAGGAACAUGUGAAGGAAAAGCGGAGAAGCGCAGAAGUUGAUGAUGGUGCUGCAGAAAAGGAAACGUUACCUGAAUUUGGAGAAGGCAAAGAUACAGGAGGACUGGUGCCUGGGAAGUCCUUGGUCUUUGCAACACUGGAGUUGUGUGUUUGUAUUCUUGUCAGACAGCUUCCCCAGCUCAACCCUAAAUUAACUUGUAGCCCUGCAGUUCAAUCAGGAAAACAUCUGUUACUAUCAGAAGAUGGAAGUAGGCUGGUUUCAGCAGCAUUACUUAUUCUCUCUGAUGUUCCUGCAAUCUGCUCUCCUGAAGGAAGUGUUUCAGUUCUUCCGACUAUUUUGUACCUAAUUAUUGGUGUACUUAAAGAAACUGCAGUCAAAGAGCAAGAUGGCCAGCUACCUUUGCCAGUUGCUGCAUCUCUACAAGCUCUUAAAGGACUUCUGUCUUCACCAAUGGCUCGAGCAGAGAAGAGUCGGACUGCGUGGACAGAUCUUCUGCGCAGUGCUUUGGUCACUGUACUUGACUGCUGGGAUCAAGCAGAUGGUCUUCUCCGAGAACUCGAUGAAGUGAGCCUGCUUACCGCUAUCACAGUAUUUAUUAUGUCCACCAGUCCAGAAGUUACUACCAUAGAGUGCCUUCAAAAGCGUUGUAUUGAGAAGUUUAAAGUAACACUGGAGUCAAAAGAUCCUGUUGUACAGUAUAAAUGCUACCAGCUGCUGCACUCCAUCUUUCAGCAUCCAAACAAAGCUGUGUCAUAUCCUUAUAUUCACUAUUUAGCAUCAUCCAUCGUGGGAAAAUUGCAGGAAACAGAAAAAUCAAAACCUGAAAAUGCUGCAGAAUUUCAGGUUGUUCAGGAGGGAAUCAAGGUGGUAACAGCUCUUACGGCUGCUGCUGAGGAGGAACACCGUGCUCAUCUGGUGACCUGCCUUCUUCCCAUCCUUAUUUCCUUUCUGUUGGAUGAGAAUGCCCUGGGUUCUGCUACAAACACAGCAAAAAAUCUGCAUGAGUUUGCUUUGCAAAAUCUGAUGCAAAUUGGUCCACAGUACUCAUCAGUUUUUAAAAAAUUAAUGGCUUCCUCUCCGACCAUGAAAGCCAGGCUCGAGUCAGCUGUAAAAGGCAAUCAAGAAAGCAUCAAAGUGAAGACUGCUAAACUUGCCAAGAAUCCUGGGAAAUGUUCGAGCAUUCAGCUGAAGACCAACUUUCUUUGAAGUCUCCUAUUUGCACUGUGAUAUCAACAGCAAAAAAUACUCCUUUUAAUUUCUAAUCAGAGGAUUUCUGUGAGUUGCUCUCAUAUGUUUUUCAGUUUGCAUUGAAAAGUUACAGAAAUCUUUUAAGAGAAAACAAAACUGUAGAUGACUGCCUGUUAGUUUAGCAGAUUUCUCUAAACAAUAUGAAUAGGACUAUCAGAGAUAACCUUAUCUGUGUUUUUGGAUUAAAGUACCAGAAAUGCCCAUGCCUUUAUUAAAAGUCCAUAGUGAACUUUAUGAUAGAUACACUUAGGAGCAGCCCACAGUUAGCCAAAAAGCAAAAUUAAUUUUGUUUUAAAUCAAUGUUUGUCAAAAAUAAAUUACCCAAAUCAUUUUUUGGAUGCAACUGGGCUAUAAAUUUACUUGCAGGUGGUAAUGUAUCUUAAUUACUAAUUUAACGCACUGAAUUAUUAAGUAAGCAGAUUAAAUAUCCUUGUAAGCCUUACAAUAAGUUAUUGUUGAUCUCAAAAAAUCAGUAAAGGUAACAUUAAUAGCUAUAAUCUUAAUACCUUUUUGAGCUGGCCAAUGUUUAACAAAUGCUGUUAAAUGCAGCUUUACAGUGCUUCUUCACUGAGGACUCAGUAGUGCUUUACACUGUGGGGCUGUUGUGCAUCUGUAAGCAUUUGCAGGCUUGGUGCCUUGCUGCUUGGCAUAGUCUCACUUUUCAGGAUGUAUACUUGUGUUAAUUCUGUAUUGCAUUAGCCAGGCAAUUGGAGCUCAAAUACCUUGUCCAUGAUAGGACAGCAACUUUAAUAUACUGUGCCUCAAUUCAGACAUCUAUUCUACCUGGAUGUGUGUUUCCUGAUCUUUAAAUGAUCAAAUAUAUACACACGCCACAUAAAUCUAUGCAUCUCUGCGAUGAGAGCUGGAUGUACCUGAAGUCAGCUUGUCUUGUGUCAAAUGAAGUACAACAAACUCAUAAUAAGAAGUAUUUAAUUAACGUUUUUAUUAAGGAACGUAUUUUAAUAUAGAAAAAUAACUAUUAAAAAUUGCAAUGGCUAUAAAGUAUUUUUUACAUAUAGUAUUGAUUUUUUUCUUAAUACCAGUAUUGUCUAAACCAAACACUAUUAAGCUGAGGAUAGUAUUUCCUUCCUGAUUCUAAUGACUUUUUUAAAAAAAUAAGAUAAAAAAGAGAGAGAACUGAGAAACACACUGUGACUCAGGAAAAGUGUGCUGUACUGUAUUUUAUUAAAAGUUUUGUAUAUAGAUAUAAUUGUAAAUUGUACAGAAUUAACCGUUUGACCAAAGCUCUAACAAUUCAUUUUUCUAAUUUACAUAAAUAAAGCUAAUUUUCUUCACUUAA